ACCAGGUGAGGCGGCGGUUCUGGGAGCGGAGCCAGGGCCUGGGGAUAGGUUUAGCUCGCCCCGGGGAUAGACCCGAACAGGCCGGAGACCCGAAUCCGCGGGCGAAGCCCCGGAACCAUUUCCUGAACUUUCAACUAGUAAAUCUGACCUUUUAACUCAUUGUCAUUGAUCAUUGAAAGGUAUUUCACUAAUUAAACAACCCUAACUAAUCAGUAACCCAAGGGAACCGAAUUCAGUCAAAUAACUAAUCAUUUAAACUAUUGAAAUGGAUUAUAGUAGCUGAUAACUGGGGUAUCUGGCCGAUGAAAGUGCGACAACUAAAUUAUUGGGGCGGAUUAAUUGUUAGGGUUAAUUUAAAACUAAACUAGUUAAACAACCGAGACUAGUUACUAAAUGUUGGUUGUGAGGUGAUGAUCAUUUCUGACAGCUACAAGAACAAGGCUUAAAUGUGCGGCUAACCUGUACCUGAGGUAAAUCAUUGACUAACCAAACUAUCGUAACUAUUAAAAUCCUGCCUCUUGGUCAGGAAGUUGCAGAUCAACUCAACCGAUUAACCCAUUAAGUGAGGAAGUGGCAGAGAGACAGAGCUUUAUUUAACUUGGCAUGAAGCAAUGAAAGUGUUUCUGGUUGGUGGAAAGAGUUGCCUGGUGGCCCUAGGAUACAAUUGACAAGUAGACUAGCUACCAGAAUCUAGGAGGAGAAGACUAAAUUACUGAGGACCACCUCAUGAAGCUGCAAGAGUGCAUUGAGCACUAGAAGACAUGCCAACUUGGUGGAGGCUACCAGGAGAUGACUGAGGUCAGAUAUCAGAGGGAAGUGGCGGAUGGAGAGGCGGGACCAAAUCAAGUAAAGCAAGUUUGUCAGAAGUUCCAGAUUCUGGAAGACCAGACGGUUGCGCACGUUUUACAGGAGCAGGAAGUUGAGGAGCACCUUGCAGCCAACAGGCUGAAGGCCCAGCAAGUGCGGGUGAACCUUACGGUGGCGAGGCGGCUGCAGGAGGAGGAAGAUGAGCAGAGCCAGAGGCUCGACCGGAAACUCUGCCGACAAAGCAAAAUGGACUUGGAAAACCAUUGUAAACAGACAUCAGAGGAAGAGUUUCCCCAGUGGGAUGAGACUAGACAGCGAUCACACACAGAGCAGAGGAAGAACCGGGUGCGCAGGUUUUCAGGGGAGACGGGCCGGCGGUCCAAGGAGGGGGCUGUGAAGGAAAAGAGAGCUGAAGCUUCCCCAUGGCAUGGAAUCCGUUACAGCCAGCCCAGGUCUCGCCAACCCUUCAUUGCAAGCAAGAGAGGGGAGAACGCUGAAUGGUGCAGGCGGGAGGGAGAACCUGACCGGCCACACCGCAGGUUGGAUGUGGAGGGAGAACAUGAGGCAAACGGCUUUGGGACGCCUCAAGAAAUGGACGUGGGGCAGCAGAGGCAAUGGUCCCCAGCCAGUUGUUGGGAUUACAUUAAACAGGCAGAGGAGGGGGGUGAUUCUCCCGAGGGUGGAGACCCACUUGCAAGGACACAUGGCCAACUGAAGGGACAGAGAACCCGCCGUGGCCCUGAAGGAAGAGCGGAUUCCCGGGUUGCUUCUACUCCUGGCCACCUUGCAGUUCUUCCUCCUGCAGGGUCCACCGAUGAGGACGAGUACAAUGCCUUUCAGGGUAGCGUGUCCGAUUCAGAGUCCCGCCAGAGGUGCCGUCGGUCCAGGGGAGAGCUGCGGGCUAUGCGAGCAAGAACCAUGUCUGAGGAUGGCCACCGGACCACCCGGGACAGACGUGGCCACAAGCGCAGUAGCCCAGGCCCCCAUCUACCUGUGGCUGAGACUCCACCAAGGCCUCAAGAGCAGCUAGCUAUGGAGAGGAGAGCCGUGGACUUCCACCCUCCUCUGGGGCCAACCGGUGAACUGAUGCAGAGUGGUAGGUGGAAGGUUGGGGGUGGCCGAACUCCAUUGACUACUAAGGGACUUGGGAUGGAAAACCAUUGGCCAUUGAGCAGAAAAGAGAGAGAGGCCAACUACCCAUUGGCUGGUGAUCAGAAGCACAUCCAUCGCCCAUUGGCUGUCAGUCAGAAGCACGUCCAUCGCCUACUGGCUGGCGAUCAGAAGGACGACCGUCGCCCAUUGGCUGGCGAUCAGAAGCACGACCGUCGCCCAUUGGCUGGCGAUCAGAAGCACGACCGCCGCCCAUUGGCUGGCGAUCAGAAGCACGUCCAUUGCCCAUUGGCUGGCGAUCAGAAGCACGUCCAUCGCCCACUGGCUGGCGAUCAGAAGCACGACCAUUGCCCACUGGCUGGCGAUCAGAAGCAUGACCAUCGCCCACUGGCUGGCGAUCAGAAGCACGUCCAUCGCCCACUGGCUGGUGAUCAGAAGCACGACCGUCGCCCAUUGGCUGGUGAUCAGAAGCACGUCCAUCGCCCAUUGGCUGGCGAUCAGAAGCAUGUUCAUUGGCCACUACCUGUUGGUGAAGACCAAGUCCACCGUCCAUUGCCUCCCAAUCAAAGGCAAGCCCAGUAUCCUCUGGUUACCAACCAUACUCUUUAUCCAUAUAUUCACCACCCACCACAGACUAAAGCAAAAGGGAAGCAAGUCCAUUUCCUAUUGGCUGCUUCGGACAGAGCAAGUCCUAGCCAAAUGCAAUUGGCUCAGAGGGAUAGGCAAAUCCAAUUUCUGUUGGAUUCCACAGGAAAGGAUAUUCAAUCCUCAUCGGUUGGCAAGCAAAAGCGCGUCCAUUUCCCACUAGCCAUUGGAGAGAAGGGAAUAGCAGUCCAUAGUCCAUUGGUCAAGGAUAACGAUGCUCAACACUCAUUGGCUACCAAAAGGAAGGAACUUCGAUCUCCAUUGGCUGUGAAGCCAAAGCCCAUUCAGUACCGAUUGGACAGUAAGGAUGCAGAGACGAUUAUUGAUUAUGUUUUGGAGAAUCAGCAAGGAAAGGAUGACUGGUGUCCAAAUCGCAUGGUCAAAUCACCAGCUGUUCGGGAGGAUGGCUCAGGGCAGAGCAGAGACAGUCCCAGAGAGGUGGUGCCAGCUAAAGCACGGCCAUUGGUGUCCAAAACCCCUGGGCUUGAUCGUGAGAAGCCCCACCGUGCAGAGAAGGAUUCCUCCAGCUACCCGUGCAGUGGAUGUCCUGAUGUGAGGGGUGGCUCUGCGGACAGCUUUGGGUGCAGUGACGGGGCCACGCAUCAGCCAAAGCUGAAGGUAGUGGAUCGCGUGGAGGCUCCACGGGGAAGACACCGCCAGCCGAGAUCCUGGGAUGUGCAGGGCAGAAGACCAGAGGAGAGGAGGAAACCGGACCGCAGUCGUCCUCAUUCUCCAUCGGACGGUCUCCCUGCAGAAGCUGGCAAACACCCAGCAAGAAGCAAAGGAAGUGCUCCGAGGAAUGGACUCCCCACCUCCCUGUGCUGCAGCGAUGAGACCCUCAAGGCUCUACAGGCCCUGGAACUACGGAGAGUUCAAUUACAAAAGGCAGCAGCAGACAAGAAACAGCUUCAACUGGCCAGGGAUGAGGAGUUUGCACUGGACCUGCUGAGACGGGAGAUAACAGCCAUGAGUCUGAGUGGUAAGGAGAAGUGUUGCCAUCUAAUGCAGGGAGACGAGGAUGUCCCAGGCAGGAGGAGAAAGGAGUCUCCCAGGAGCGAUAGCCCCUCCUCAGUGAAUGUCGAUUGGCAUCAUCAGUCCGGAACCUCUGCUGGGCGUCACACAUGACAUUCUGUGAACUCUAUAGACUGCUGUGCACCAAAGUUGCAGGAGAUCAGCGGUUUCUGAGAUGCUCAAAUCACCCUGUCUGGCACCAACAGUUAUUCCACGAUCAAAGUCACUUAGAUCACAUUUCUCCCCCCAUUCUGACGUUUAGUCUGAACAACAACUGAACCUCUUGACCUUGCCUGUAUACUUUUAUGCAUUGAGUUGCUGCCUUGUGAUUGGCUGAUUAGAUAUUUGUGUUACCAAGCAGGUGUACCUAAUAAAAUGGCCACUGAUUGUAGUUUGUUGAUUUAAUUUGGAACUACAGAAUAACAUUCAAAGUAAAUUUCUUAUCAAAAUGCGUUAUAGAGUAGACAUUGAGAGGACCUUUACAAUAGUGGGACAAUCUAGGACCAGAGGGCACAGCCUCAGAAUACAAGGACACCCCUUUAGAACAGAGAUGAGGAGGAAUUUCUGUAGCUUGAGGUUGGUGAAUCUGUGGAAUCAUUGCCACAGAUGGCUGUGGAGGUCAAUUCAUUGGGCAUAUUUAAAGCAGUUGUUGAUAGUUAUUUAAUUA